AUGGCGCGUGCCUGUAACCCCGACUAUAUCAACGCCAACUGGGCUUUCUACCGUUUCGAGCCCUCGACAGCGGCCGCCAUCUUCUUUUGCGUCGUCUUCGUCUUGACGACCGCUCUCCAUCUUUUCCAACUGAUCCGCACCAAGACAUGGUACAUGACGGCGUUAGUUGUCGGUGGCUUCUGCGAAUUUAUCGGAUAUGCAUUUCGCGCGAAGAAUACCAUGGAGGAACCAGGUUGCUGGACGCUUAUGCCGUACAUUAUCCAGAAUGUCCUGCUUCUGAUUGCACCAGCGUUGAUGGCGGCUUCCAUCUACAUGAUCCUCGGCAGAAUCAUCAUGUUGACCGACGGCGAAAGCCAUGCGUUGAUCAAGAGACGUUGGUUGACCAAGAUCUUCGUGGCCGGAGACGUCUUUUCCUUCCUCCUCCAGUCAAGUGGUGGUGGGAUGAUGGCGGCCGCUGACCAGACCAACAACUUCAUGGACCUCGGCGAGAAGAUCAUCAUUGUCGGUCUCUUUGUCCAGCUUUUCGUUUUCGGCUUCUUCGUUGUCACUGCCGGUCUAUUCCACCGUCGCAUGGUGCUGGUGCCCACGGCGAAGUCCCAGCUGCCCGAGGUUCGCUGGAAGCACUACCUCCUGACGCUGUAUGUCACUAGCGGAUUGAUCUGGGUUCGAAGCGUGUUCCGUGUGAUCGAGUAUCUGCAGGGUAACAAGGGCUACCUCAUGACGACGGAGGUCUUCAUCUUCAUCUUCGACGCAACACUCAUGUUCCUCGUCAUGGUGUGGAUGAACUGGUUCCACCCCAGCGAGAUCGGUCUUCUCCUCCGCGGCGAGCCGCCUAUCAAAAACGGACUCGAGCUUGUAAAGAUGGGUGGUAGCUUCCGCAAGAUGCAGCACGAGAAUAGCAGCAUGAGCGUUUGA